ACAGGAAUGAGAACUAGUGAGUUAGCUAGUCCCACAGAUUCGACAGACAAAGUCAUUCUACUGGCCGGGGAUAUGGACGUCCCUCGCCCCCCCACUCGCCGUUGACAGCAGUGGACCCUCGCGUUUUUUUCCAAACGGGGACCUUUGCCGGGCCCCUACUGCCAUGAUUCCAUCUGCGUUUACCCUCCGCGGCAUUAGCGUUUCCCAGUCAGGAGAUACCGAUGCACCCUUGUCUCGCAACUCCUGAGGAUGACCGUUAGCCGGGUCGCCAUUGGUGUAUAAAACGGUGGGAAUUGAGAUGUGCGGGCCUAGACACGCUCCCAAGAGUAGAUCUACGACCAAACACGGUAACACACUUCGCCAUCAUUGAGCCGGUCUCUAGGUAUGCCCACAGCGGUCCCCUCUUAUGGGGGGGUCUCUCUUCCGCGCAAGCUGGGAACGAAGAGGGGUGGUGGUCAUGGCUCGCAACGUGCGUCGGCGUAGAACGAUGGGGCGUUUGCCUUGGCCAUGAGUAUUUGGGCCAUUGAACUGCCACUUAAGCGGCAUCCUGUAUCCUGACUUCAACACCUACCGGCCACUGGUUGAACUGUCAUUCAUUAUGGGGUUCGUCGAUGAAGGCCUUGCCAGCAAGGUCACGGUUCCGACCCUGAUAUUAGCCCUCGUAGGAUACUGCGUCCUGCGGGUUGCAUAUCAAAUCGUGUAUUACCGCUUCUUCCACCCCCUGUCCGUCUUUCCCGGUCCAUUCUGGGGGAGCGUGACUCGUCUGUGGAUCGCAUGGCACAAUGUUCGUGAGACGGAGCUGCCAGCGGUCACAGCCUUGACGAAGAAAUAUGGACCCGUCGUCCGCAUCACUCCCACCCUCCUGCUCGUCGCUGACCCGACCAAACUCCCGGAAAUCUACCACCGUAAUGCCGACAAGACCGGUCACUACAUCACGGGCAGCUUCGGCGAGACCGAAUCCCUGUUCAACAUGCGCUCGCACAAGACUCACGCCUCAUUCCGCAAGCACGUCGCUGGCCUGUACAGCUUCACCCACGUCAAGAGAAUGGAGCCAAUGAUAGAUGCGCGCAUCAUGUCCUGGCUGGACAAGCUGAACGAGAACUUUACCCAGACGGGCGAUGCGUUUGAUUUUGCCUGGUGGGCAGUCUACAUGGCCUACGACGUCAUCAGCGAAGUCGGCUUCGGCGCCCCCUUUGGCUUCAUCGAACAAGGUAAGGACGUUGGCGGUCUUAUCCAGGGGUUCCACGACGGACUGCCCGCGUUCGGUGUGCUCGCGCGUCUGCACCCCUUUACCAGCUGGAUCAAGACCACCUGGAUGAAGAAGUACUUUGUCGCCAAGCCCGAGGACGACUCGGGUAUCGGCGUGCUGAUGCGCUUCCGGGACAGCCUUAUCCAACAGCGCCUCGACGAUGUCAAGAGCGGAAAGGCGCUCGACCGCGUCGACCUACUGCAGACCUUCAUCGAUGCUCGGACCGAGGACGGCAACCCCUUGGAUCUAGAAUACAUCAAGGCGGAAGUGCUCCUGGUGCUCCUGGCUGGUGCCGACACCACCGGAACUGUCUUCCAGGCGAUGAUCCCCUACCUGAUUCAGACCCCGGGCGUCUACGACAAGAUGAUGGCCGAGAUCGACGAGGCCGCCCGGAAGGGCAUUUUGGGCGCCGGCAUUGCCCAGUAUGCCGACGUUCUCGAACACCUGCCAUACUACGUGGCCUGCGUGCGCGAGACGCUGCGACUGUGCCCCCCGGCUCCCAACAUCUUCCCCCGCGUGGUGUCCGAGCCAGGCAUGAACCUUUAUGGCAAGUACGCGCCCGCCGGUACCGAGGUUUCAGGCAAUCCGUGGAUCAUGCAGCGUGACCAGACUCUGUUUGGCGACGACGCCGAGGACUUCAAGCCUGAACGGUGGCUCGAUGCCGAAAAGGCCAAGCUGUUCAAUAAGUACCUGUUUACCUUUGGCUACGGCGCCCGCAUCUGCUUGGGUAGGGAGAUCGCGAUGAUGGAACUGUACAAGGGGCCACUCGAGCUCUUCCGUCGCUUUAAGCCCGAGUUCGUCCCAGGCAAGCCGGCUCCAGAAUUCACCAUCAAGGGCGGCGUUGGCUACUGGCGCAACGUGUGGCUGACCUUGUCCAAACGUCCUGCCGUUUUGGCUCAGUAAGGGAACUGUAAGUGGAAAAGGGGGUGGCAAUUGUACAAAUUUGUAUCUCUUCACGUGUUGUAUUAAUACUUUGUCUUGAUUGUCUAUGGUUUCUCGCUUAUAUACCACGUUUGUUUAUACCGUGUGUAUGAGUCAAUUCCUCAUAGCACGACCGGCAGUGGAUGCUGCUUCCGGCCAACACCGUUGUAUAUUCAGGGGUCGGGAUGCUCCAAUUUUAUAACGUUUUGCACAAAAAUCCUCACUGAUGCGGGGCAUCCGGAUCUUGGAAGGAUUCUCUAGUAUAGGCAAUACACGCUAGGCACCAUUAGCUCAUUUCCAGGAAGUCUG